UUCAAUAUGGCGGAUGUAAAUGGGUGGCACCAAAAUAAAUGACAGAAAAUGACAAUAAGUCUUUAAAUGUUCCUACAGUUUGAUAAUUUUGAUUUGUAAAUGGCUCAAUUUAAAGAAAAAAUACCUUCUUUUGUGAAAAAUCCAUAUGAUUUGCCCACAUUUCAGAGGCGGUUACGGCAUGUGAAAAGUGUGACAUUGAGGAAUCUACAGUACAGGAGUUAUUGGGGGAAGGACGUUACCCAGUUACAGGUCUACUUCACGCUUCACAAGAAUGACAAGAAUAAAGAAUUCUAUAGAAGUGAAGGGAUUAGUGGAUCACUUAAUCCUUCCUGGAAGAGCAUCGACAUUCGCAUGUACGAAGAUGAGAUAGACAUUCAGUCCAAAUCUGUGGUACUGCGUGUUUGGGUUCGAAACAAAGGCCAUGCUGACUCCCCUCCACAUCUGCUCAUUGACUGGACCAUCCACUUAUCUGGAUUGGUCUACUUUUCUGAAAAGGCACAGAAGGACCAGUACAAGUAUGUGCCCAACAUGGUUGUGAUCGGGAUGUUUGACAAGUACUUCACACCACCACAACACCAGAUAUCUGAAGAUUUUGAGCGAGAGUUACUGCCCCGGGAUCCAGCAGCCAUGCCCAAACAAUCCUACACAAUAAACACCCUCUCCAGGAUUCACACAGUUCUGCGAGCCAUCAGCCAAAUGCAGGCCUCCGUUAAACGUCUCCACAGUUCUAUAGAGGACAGACUUCUUCACUCCCAGGAAAAAACACAAAAGCUCUCUGUACGCGAAGACCUGUUGUUACGUGUGACUCAGAUGAAACACGAGCUCUCCUGGCAAAUGAACAGUCUCCAACGGCAAAAUGACGUACUCGAUAACUGGCGCUCAACCAGGGAAGAAAAAAGUCAUGAUCUCAAAGGGAAGUUUCAUCAGCUGGAGGAAAAAAGACACGACCUUGAUGACCAGAAAAAGAUCUUCUUUCAGACAAGGGAAAAGUACAUCAAAGAGAACUAUCAGUUGUUGAUACGAAGGAAACAGUUGGUCACAGAGCUAACUACUUACAUAUACCCUAUCACAGAGAGAGGAAACGAGAAGCUGUGUGUAUGUGGUGUGUAUCUGCCUAACUCAGAGGAGUUCCAAGGUUACGAUGAGACUGCUGUAUCAGUUGGUCUUGGAUACACGUGCCACCUGGUCAUAAUGAUGUCCCUGUUUUUGGACUUCCCAGUUCGGUACCCAAUGGACCAUUUGUCCUCUAGAUCCACGAUAAUCGACCAUAUUCAUCCGAAAUUGGAGGAAAAAGAUAAGGUGUUCCCCCUGUACACACGAGGCAAGGAUAAGUUCCAGUUCCACUAUGGUGUCUUCAUGCUUAACAAAAACAUCAGUCAGCUGCGGUUCUACUGUGGACUAGGAACCACUGAUCUAAGACUGACUCUACCCAACAUUAAGUCUAUGCUGGAAUCCAGGCUUGGGAUUAAAUUUGACAGUAUAGAAAAGGCUAAAUUAGAACUGAGGGACACAGAAAUCAAAGGGCCAAAUAAAAGAAAAGAAACUGAGAGCUCUUCAGCCUCUGGAGGUAGAAAUGCUGCAUUCCAUUCAGCUGAAGAGUAUUUGGGACAUUCUGUGAGUAAUGGAACCCAAAGAAAAAGUGAUGAAAUUGAACAAAAAGAAGACAUUCCUGUACUAUUGACAGAAUUGUCAAUACAAACUGAGCAAAACAUUCCACAAGGAGAGGAUAUAUUUAAACCAGCAGAUGACUCUUUUUUCAGAGUGAGAACUACAGCGUUUGGAAACACAGACUCCACAGAAAAUUCCAGUUGUGGCUCGUUUUCAGAGCAAAUGAAUGGUGCAAUCAAGUAUGACAUGAAUUUUAGUCUCUCCCCUUCACCUGGUAGUGUAGAAAACAAUCCGACACUGAUAGGUUCCACAGAUAUGAUGCAUGCUGGCUCAAAAGACAGUCUUAAGUCUGGAGAUAUGUUGGAACAUGAUAUAACAGAUAUUCCCAUUGAGAAGGAUGCUGAUAUCCAACCAGAAUUAAGUGCUUACAACAAACACAAUAGCCAUACAGAGGAGAGAUAGUUGUGAAGAGAAAUACAUUUACCACUUCAAUACCGAUCUAUAUUGUGAAAUAUACAAUCAAAAUUUAGAUACUGCAGACUUUAUGCAAUUUAAUUACAAACCAAAUCUUUACCAAAAUUUGCAAUUUUAAUAUUUUUACCAUUAUUUAUUUUAUUAUUAAAAAGAUAUUUAAUCUAAUAAAUAUCUCCCUGAAAAUGUAUUAAAUAUGCUUAAAUAUUAUUAUUACUCAUUACAAUGUGACAACCAGCUACAGUGGCCAUAGAACCUUAAUGAAUGAUUAAAUGAAGAAUUCUACCGGUCCUAUAUGGCAUUAUGUUAUUGAAUUAAAUGUGCAAUAUUUGUUGUCAAUGUUAAAAUUAUAUAAAAAGUAUUAAACUAUCAAUCAAAUUUACAAA